AUGUUUUUGUGGUUUUUGAUUUUAAGGUUAAUUAAAAAGAUAAAAAAUAAGUCUAUGGAAAACAAAAAUAAAAUACAAGGGGGAUCCUUCGAUCCAGGAAACAAAAGGAGUUUCGACCCAGGGAGAGCAUGGAAGCUUCAAUCCAGAGAGAGUCCUGGUCCUUUCGAUUGGGCCAGACAACAAGGCGUGAGUAGCCUUCGAUCCAGGGAAGAGGACUGUCUUUUGAUCAUGGAAGUCAUGGCUUUCGAUCCUGGAAUGAGAUGCCUCCUUCGAUCCAGCAUGCUAAUGGGUUCGAUCCAGAGAAGGUGUCUCCUUCGAUCUGGGCUGUUAUACCUGAAAAAGUAUGUGAGCAAAAUAAAAUGCAGGGCCUGGGUAUUGAACCCCAGGCCCUUCGAUCCUGCACUUAUUGGGGUCUCUUCAGGCUAA